UCAACAACUAAAAAGAGAAAGAAAAAAAAAACAAUGAAGAUGCAAUUGUUCAUCCUCCUUUUGGUAACUUCAUGGCUUACACAGGAGAUUACUUCACUUCCACCUGAAGCUCGAGUACUUGAUAGAAGUAGCUUUCCUGAUGAUUUCAUUUUUGGAACUGCUAUCUCAGCCUUUCAGAGUGAAGGUGCAACAAGUGAAGGUGGAAAAUCACAAACUAUUUGGGAUUACUUCAGCCACACCUUUCCAGAAAGAACCAAAAUGCAGAAUGCAGAUGUGGCCGCCGAUUUUUAUCACCAUUAUAAGGAUGACAUCAAAUUGAUGAAAGAGCUAAAUAUGGACGCUUUUAGAUUUUCGAUUUCGUGGGCUAGAUUAAUACCAAGUGGAAAGGUAAAAGAUGGAGUAAACAAAGAAGGUGUACAAUUCUACAAUGAUCUCAUAAAUGAGCUAAUCGCUAAUGGCAUUCAACCUUCAGUGACUCUCUAUCAUUGGGACCAUCCUCAAGCUCUCGAGGACGAGUAUGGUGGUUUCUUAAGCCCUCAAAUAAUAGAAGAUUUUCGAAAUUUUGCAAGAGUUUGUUUUGAAAAUUUCGGAGAUAGAGUUAGGAUGUGGACAACUAUCAACGAGCCUUAUGUCAUAAGUGUUGCGGGGUACGAGACUGGUAAAAAGGCGGUCGGACGGUGCUCAAAAUGGGUGAAUAGUCAGUGUGAAGCCGGUGACUCGGCCGUGGAGCCUUACAUUGUAUCACAUCACCUUCUUCUUUCUCAUGCAGCAGCAGUACAUGAGUUCCGAAAUUGUAACAAGACUUUACAAGAUGAUAAGAUUGGGAUAGUGUUAUCACCUUGGUGGCUUGAGCCUUCCGACUUCACUUCUUAUACUGAUAAAGAAGCCGUUGAACGUGGCCUUUCCUUAGAAGUAGAUUGGCAUUUAAAUCCGGUGAUUUACGGAGACUAUCCAGAAAAUAUGAAGAACCAUGUAGGGCAUAAACUCCCUUCUUUCACACCAGAACAAUCAAAGAUGUUGAUAAAUUCAUCAGAUUUCAUCGGAAUAAACUACUAUAGCGCAUGCUUCACCGCACAUCUUCCUCACAUCGAUCCUGGUCAAUCUCGAUUCAGAACUGAUCACAAUUUUGAGAAAAGAGGAACAAAUCAUAGUAACCACCGAAUCGGACCAGGGGACGCUCGAGGAGGCAUAAUACAAUCAUACCCACAAGGUUUUCGAAGAGUUCUAAAUUACAUCAAAAAUAAAUACAAUAACCCAAUCAUCUAUAUAAAAGAAAAUGGAGUUUAUGAAUACGAUGAUGGUUUAGUGUCACGGGAAGAGAUACUCAAUGACACAUUUAGAAUAAGCUACCAUAAGGAACAUCUCGAACAACUUCACAAAGCUAUAAUAGAUGAUGGGUGUGACGUGAGAGGAUAUUACGUUUGGUCUUUACUAGACAACUUCGAGUGGGAGUUUGGUUACUCAACUAGAUUUGGUCUUUACUAUGUUGACUACAAAGACAAUCUCAAACGGUAUCCUAAAAAUUCAGUUAACUGGUUCAGACAGUUUCUUGCUAGACCGGUGGUAAACACUGAAGAAACACAGAAUGAAGAAGUGUGGAAUGUGAUAGGUGAGGAAGAAUAUAGUAAUAACAAUAAGGAUGAGGCAGAGGGUUUCAAGAGUUCAGUUGAUUCUAUUGUCGACAAUCUCAAGACAAAACAACAGAGAAUAGAAGCAGAAGAAGAGAAAGGUUUUUGCUUUGAGAAUCCUAAUGACUAGUUGGGUUUUUUGCUAAAGCCACACAACUCUUUUGUGGUUCUAGAAACCCUUUUUUCAUGUUGUGGUGUUGAUGUAAUCUAUAUACUGUAUGUACAUUACCAAUAAAGGAAAUAUCUAGUCUAGUUAAAAUCUUUUUUUUUUA